UAGCAUUCCUUGACAGAAGUUGUAAGUUACUUCUUAAAUAAAAUAUUGUUGUGAUUUUGUCUAGGAUCAUAAAAUCUUGAUUUCAAAACGGAAGUUGGAGCUGAAUGGCAAUUUCAAAACCUUUUUUAUCACAAGUAUCAAAGUCCUCGUUUUAUCAUAAAUUGAUUUAACCUUGCAAAUUUGUUUGCUAAAGAUGAUGACAGUGAAUUCUCGUGUUUUUCAAUAUUAUUUGGAUAAUUUUUUUAAAUUUCCCAAAGAAAUAAGGAAUGAUAUUGUUUACUGUCAGCGCUCUUUAAAGGCUCAUAUUAAGGUCCAUCAGAUGGUGAUCGACGUUUUUAACCACGAGGAAGAUGCAGAUCCGGCUCAAAAACAACGAAUUUUGGAAGAAAUUGAAUCGGAGAUUUACGAAAUAAAUGCUGAGCAGCAUUUUCUAUUUUUACGACUACGUCGUAUAGUUGAUGAAUUCACAAAAAUGUUGAAAAGGAAUGACGUCCUCAUCGAUUAUGAAGCAAUAAAUUCUACAAUUUCCAAGGAGGUGGUACCACUUAUAAAUGACCUUACUAUUGAAAUAUUACCCGCAACGGUACUUUUUCGUAAUACGGAACAAAAGUUAAUUGAAAAGUAUUUUGAAGUACAGAAAGAGAAGAUAGUAUAUGAAAUUGAAGAUUCGGAUGAAGACCAUAAUCAAAUCUUGUCUUCAGGUGACUUGAUUGAUGAUUUUAGCGCCACUAGUAAUGAUGCCUUCCAUUUGCAAGGUCCUGGGGGAAAUUCGAAUAGUUUGUCUCAAAUGUCUUUACUAAAACCAAUUUCACAACGAUUGGUUGGCAGUGGGCGCUUUACAGAUGCUUCCAAAUUUUUGCAAAUGAACCUUGUGGAAGAAAAAGCUAAUGAUGAGGCAUUAAAGGAUGAUGUACUGCCGUUAGAAGAUGUAUCAGAUUUUCCCGGUACGUCGCAUAAAAGUAAUGAAUCUAUUGAGCCAUUAGAAGAUUUACCUGUUUCUAAGAACGUAAAAAUUAGCCGCCUAAAUCUCCGGCAAGCUCUUAAUAAAGCGCGUACUGAAAAUAUGGUAGCAAAGGCAGCUGCAAGCAUGAUAGCGCGAGCUAUACCCACUUCCUCGACAUCGGUUUGUCCUGCCUCCACUUCUUUAGAAUCGGUAACACAUUCUCAACGAAAGUAUGAAGUCAGAACAAGAUCUUCAAGAAAUACUAGUGGAAAUGUAUUAACGGGAGCAAUAGUCGCAAGAGAAAAAAAUACAUCAGAAUUAAAUUCAUCUUCUGAUGAUUCUAAUCCUGAAAGACUCCAAACCACAACCCAAUGCCAAUGGACUAUCAUGGAUUCGACUGAACUCCGAACUCUGCCCGAACAUUACGGACAAGAAAUGUUUUUACGAUUGUUUCAACUUUUUACCCCAAUAAUGCUCGUUCAGAUGCAACAACGUCGUUCGAAACGUAAACGUCGUACUGUCCAUAACAACGAACGUGCUGAUUUUCACUAUGGGCGCAUUGAGUAUGGUAGCUAUCCUCCUCCAGAAAAAAAGCGCAAGGCUUUUCUUAUUUCACCACAAGUAAAACGCGUUUUACAAUCGAAACGCCCGAAGCGUACUAAUACUGACAAAAACGAGAACCAAGCACCUUCUCGAUCUAGCUCUAGCUCACCAGACGAAAAACGUUGCUGCAAUGAGUGCCUAAAAAGUGGGGGUUGUUUUGAUGAAUGUCUCGAAUGCAAAGGAUACUACCAUCAAUUAUGUCAUAUAGAAGAAGACGAAAAGACAACUGAUCAUUCAAACGUUCCUGUUCAAGGAAAUGUAUUACAGAACCUUUGUCCUGCUUGUAAACGUCAGCGAUCAAGCUUAUCCAGCAAGGAUGCUCUGCAUUCCACUGCACAAGAGCUUGAAAAAAAACUGGCUCAUGAAAGGGAUCGGCGAGUGAAUUUACAGCAAGAAAGCAAAAUGUACAAAUUACAAAUGCGCAACCUGUUCAAUAUUGUUAAUACUAUCAAAUGUGAUCCAGAAAACGAUAGUUCCGGAUAAAAGCUUCAGUACUACAAUUCUGAGUACUAUUUUUGUUUGGAGAAUUAAUAUAAAAUAAUAAAAUUGAAAUAAAAAUUCCA